AUGGUGAACCCAUCAGCUGUGCAGCAAAGCAGAGAUUGGGCAGCGGCGACGGCGGAGUCCAGAGAUAUCUGGACUCCGCCGUCGCCGCUGCCCAAUCUCUGCUUUGCUGCACAGCUGAUGGGUUUUGCACCCGUGACGUUAGCGUGCCUGCACGCCAGCGCGGCACAGGACCCCCUGUUCGUGCUGCGCCGCGCCCCGGCCGCCUCCACCGAUCCGCCGGCCAGGGGCAGGGCCCGCGUGCUGGUCUCCAAGAACGCCAGGGGCCCCGCGGCCGCCCCCAGCGCCGGGUCUCCGCUUCCGCCGCCGCCCCCACCGCCUCCGCUGGUAACCCUGCCCGACCAGCCGGCAGAGCCCGCGCACGUUCCGCACCGCUUCGCAGUGCAGCAGAGGGCGCCCACCUCGACGUCGGCGCCACCGCGCACGCCCCCGUCGCCGCCCCCACCGCCCCCGAGGCUCAGACUGCCGGAGCAGCCGGAGGAGGCGACGCCCGUGCUGCAGCGCUUCGGGCACCAGUCCAGGGGGCAGCCCUCCACCCCCGCGACGACGGCGGCGCCGCUGCCGCCUCCGCCACCCCCGCCGGCACUCCUCCCGCAGCCGGCAGAGGUCGUCCUGCCCGCGGCCCCGCCCCACCGCUUCUCGCAAGAGCGCUCGACCCCUAAGCCGCUGCCAGCACCCAUCGUGCUGCCUCAGCAGCCCGUUAGAAAGAUCACACCUGACGUGGUGAUCCGCAGCGGCGACACCAAGGCGGACGCGGCGCUGGAAGAGGAGCGCCGCCGGCAGGCAGAGUCUGCCCGCUACUCGUUCGGCUCGAGCCUGCAGGACUCCAUCAACGACAACACGCAGUCGCGCCAGGAGACGAGGGAGGGCCUCAAGACCGUCGGCCAGUACUCAUACAGCGACGGCUUCCUCCGCCGCACCGUCCACUACGAGGCCGACGACAAGGGCUACCGCGUCACUCAUGAGGAGACAGAGACAAUUGGCAGUGGCCCACAGGUGAACCCUAAUGGUCAUGCUGAGGUGGAGAGCAAUGUGGGUGGUUUCCACAACAAGUACGCCAUCACCAUUGAAGAUUUAGCUGAGAAGGAAUCCUGAACAUGCUCUUAAGUGUUAUGAGUGUCUUCUGUCCAUCUUCAGUGGGCAUUCACUAGGUUCCAAAUAAUGUAAAUUAUUUUUAUGCUGUGACUCAAGUACAUUUACUACAUAUUUAAUCAAAUGUUGGUAACUGUGAACUAUAUAUAAGCAUAAAUUAGUAUUUCACAAGCAGUAAAGGAAAUAUAUCAGUGGAUAUAUUGUUUUUAAAUGUG